UCACUCAAGGUCUACAUUGCUGGAGAAGAUACUACAAAUGAGCUCGCCAUCUCCCGCUAUAUCAAAAUUAAUUGAUACAGAGCAUCCUGGCAAGGCAAGACUGCGCGGUUCUCGACAACUUCAAGAUCAAAGGACCUCAUCCGUCUCAUCAAUGUCUCCUCUUCGCCCCAGUCGGCUUGACUUACACAAAUCGUCAACAUCAGCUUCUUGAGAACGCUUUGAGCAAGGAUCUCUUACGCCAAAGCUUGCUUAUGACUUUGCAGGGCUUGGACUUCUUACACCAAGCAGGCGUGGUGCAUACAGAUAUAUCACCAAACAAUAUCCUUCUCGGGAUCAAAGAGGCCGUCGUGCUCUUCAAACUUGAGCAAGCGGAACUAGAGAACCCGUCUCCACGCAAGGUUCUGGCGAAUCGAGCCAUCCACCUUUCCUACACCCUGCCAAUUACCUUCAGCGAGCCGGUUAUUGGCUACCUCGGAGCCGUUCGCUUGGGAGAGCCGGGACAGAAGCACUCUGGCGACGUCAGGACUGGGAGUCUGAAGGUGAGUGAGACCUGCACGGGAGACAAUGGAAUAUAUGUCUCGUUGGUAUGGCUUCGUCCACGAUCAAAGAUAACUGGUUCGCCCUAAUGCCAAUCCCCGAUCAAAGUCUCGAGACACGCGAGAGGAGUCUACAGGGGAGCGACAAGGAGCUUCUCCUCGCCCUCGCCUGCAAAAUUCUUCGCUGCCUCCCUGAAGAGAGGCCAUCUGCGGAAGACCUUUUCGAGGACGGAUUCCUGGUCCAAUGGAUGUCUGAGGAG